UCUCAACAAUUAGCAGUUUCUUCUGUUUUUGACCCAAAUGUAACCUUCAGCUGUUGGAUAUCUUGUUUUACUUUGUACAUCCUGCAAGAAACUGUUGAAAGGCUGUACAGCAAGGCUAAAGGGCCACUGGAUUCAUAGACUGACCUUGGACAGAUAAUGGAGGGCUAUGUUUAUGAGCACUCUGGUGCAGAAGGAGCGAGGGAGAGCCAGCUGGUGGAUUACCGGACAAUUGUUGGGGACACACAGCCAUCACGUACCAAUGUUGGAUCCAGAGAUGGAGAGCACUACGUCCGACAAACCUCACACGGCCACGGGCAUGAAACUGCAGCCCAGCGGUACAGUGCCACACGGAUUCAGGCCGGUUUCAGCCCAGAGAGCAUGGCGGAUUACUUAAUCAGCGGUGGCACAGGCUACGUACCUGAAGAUGGACUCUCAGCUCAGCAGCUCUUCUCUAUUGGAGAUGGCCUCACAUACAACAGAUCUGACCAACAGUGCGUUGUCUCCGAUGGUCAAACGGCUGAAGAGCUAUGCUCUAAAGGAGAUGGGUUGACCUACAAUGACUUCCUGAUUUUACCUGGCUUCAUCGACUUUACAUCAGACGAAGUGGACCUGACAUCAGCGCUGACCAGGAAGAUCACGCUGAAGACACCUCUCAUCUCCUCCCCCAUGGACACUGUCACAGAGUCAGCCAUGGCAAUUGCUAUGGCGCUAAUGGGAGGCAUUGGCAUCAUUCACCACAACUGCACACCAGAAUUCCAAGCCAAUGAGGUCCGCAAGGUUAAGAGGUUUGAGCAGGGUUUUAUCACAGACCCAGUUGUGAUGAGUCCACGCCACACAGUCGGGGAUGUGUUUGAGGCCAAAAUAAGACAUGGCUUCUCUGGUAUUCCUGUCACAGAGACAGGCAAGAUGGGCAGCAAACUGGUGGGCAUCGUCACCUCUAGAGAUAUUGACUUCCUUUCUGAGAAAGACCAUGGCAAACCUCUGGAGGAGGCUAUGACCAAGAGGGAGGAGUUGGUUGUGGCUCCAGCUGGUGUUACACUGAAAGAAGCCAAUGAUAUCCUGCAGCGCAGUAAAAAGGGCAAGCUUCCCAUUGUAAACGAUAAUGAUGAGCUGGUGGCCAUUAUCGCCAGGACCGAUCUGAAGAAGAACAGGGACUACCCGCUGGCCUCCAAAGACUCACGCAAACAGCUCCUGUGCGGCGCCGCCAUCGGCACCAGGGAGGAUGACAAAUACAGACUGGACCUAUUAGUGCAGGCUGGAGUGGAUGUUGUUGUACUGGACUCCUCUCAAGGCAACUCGGUCUAUCAAAUCAACAUGAUAAAUUAUAUUAAACAGAAGUAUCCAGACUUGCAAGUGGUGGGAGGAAAUGUGGUUACAGCAGCCCAGGCCAAGAAUCUGAUUGAUGCUGGUGUGGAUGCUUUAAGAGUCGGCAUGGGCUGUGGCUCCAUCUGCAUCACACAGGAAGUCAUGGCAUGUGGGCGGCCCCAGGGGACCUCGGUGUACAAGGUAGCAGAGUACGCCAGGCGUUUUGGUGUGCCAGUCAUUGCUGAUGGUGGCAUUCAGACUGUGGGCCACGUGGUGAAGGCUCUCUCACUCGGAGCAUCGACUGUUAUGAUGGGCUCAUUGCUUGCGGCAACCACUGAGGCUCCAGGAGAGUACUUCUUCUCGGAUGGUGUGCGGCUGAAAAAGUAUCGCGGUAUGGGCUCCCUGGAUGCUAUGGAGAAGAGCACCAGCAGCCAAAAGCGCUAUUUUAGUGAGGGCGACAAAGUGAAGGUAGCCCAGGGUGUGUCUGGCUCAGUCCAGGACAAGGGGUCCAUCCACAAGUUUGUACCAUACCUGAUAGCUGGGAUCCAACAUGGCUGCCAGGACAUCGGGGCAAAGAGUCUGUCUGUCCUCCGUUCCAUGAUGUACUCCGGAGAGCUAAAGUUUGAGAAGCGCACCAUGUCUGCACAGGUGGAGGGAGGUGUUCAUGGGCUCCACUCUUUCGAGAAGAGGCUUUACUGAACCGUUGGGGGUGGGGUUUGGUGGAGCACACAUCAUCAGUGCACGUGACAUGAUACCCAAUCUAAAAGUGACCAAAUGAUAAACAGCCACUUCUGCUAAAACGCGUACCACCCACUACACCCUUCUCUUCCCUCCCCUGCGUUGCAUCCACCGUUGCUCUCUCUAAUCCCAACCCUGCUGCUUGGGGGAGGAAAGAGGCACCGUAGCGAAGUGAGAAUCUUCAAACUGACAACCGACUCUCCGAACACCUGGGAUUUUGCACUCAAGAAGCGGCGCAUCAGGGUUUGCGGAAUGACAUUACAUACCUGUAUCUUGAGUAUGCAGCCUGAUCCCGGUUGAGUUUGUGUAUGUGCGCGUGUGUGUGUGCUGACAGCAGUGAGAAAAUGUGAAUGACAGUGUGCAUGUGAAUUAUGGGUAGUGUGUACCUGAAUGUGUGUGCGUGAUAUAGUUUAAAAUGAGUGCUAGGACAAACCAAGUGAAGGUGCACUGUGUAUUUCUUUUGUCCUCCUAUUAUUAGUGAGUUUAAAACAGCCAUGGUGCAGAUCCCAUCAGUAUCUUUUCUUGGCUUUUUUGGGAUCCACGCUUACCAGCAAGCUCCCUGUCGGAAGCCUCACACAUCCCAGUUCUCAACACUCUAGUACGUGUGCAGAAAACAAGAAACACUUGUCUCUCUAUGUGCAGUGUGCUGGUGUAUCAUUGAAAAUGUACUCUUUUUUUUUUUUUUUUUCAUUUGUAAGUCCUCACAGGUAUGAGCUACUUGAUAGUAGCUGCAGCGCUUAUUGUUUACUUUGUGUAUUGUGCAUCUCGAGGUAUGAGAUAUUGCCUGAAUCAGUUAUCCUGUCGACAUUAUACCCUCCAUUGAAAUCAGUAAACAGAACUCUCAGAAUUCACAGUCAUUAACACUGUGAACAUUCAUUUUCCCCUCAAAGACAUCUUGAGCCAAAUAAUCAGUGUCCUAUCUCAGUCCAUAGUGUUCAUAUGUUGAACAUGGAAGGGGACCAAAAGCUGAAGAUCAGGAAGGUUAAAAAAAUAAAUAAAUAAAUAAAAUAUAUCAAUCAAAAAUAAUACAGAGAAUUAUCAUUUCUCUGCCCUUAAUUUGAAUACAAACUCGGUCUUUUCAAACAAACUUUAUAAUAAACCUGUAUAGUCUUGGGGGCUUUAAAUUGAGCAUGAAGGGUUUUUGAUAUGCAUGUUUGUUUUUUCACUAAGCCAAACACGGCUGUAUUUAUAUUCUGCUUUAUUGUAAUUGCAUACAUACUGCCAAGUGUAUUUACACUUCCUCUGACUUCAAAACCAAAAUUUGCGCAACAAGUUGCUUGUUACCUUGUCACCCGUUCAUUCCGGCACUCUCACAGUGUUGCAUAGCUUCUUUGUGACAGGCUUUAUUUUUAUUUCUGAAUUAUGUUUCGUUUUACCAGAGAUAUGCCUAGAAACAGGGAUGGAUAAAGGCUGCAGAUGACAGCUGAGUGAAAAUGCAUUGAAAUGCAUAACGCUAUACACACUCGCCUCCUUUUCUUACUUUGGAACAGUAUCGCUGUGUUUGUUAUCAUUCAGCUUAAGUAGGAGUAGGCUUUUCUAACAUUUUCAUACUGGAUGUCCUUUUGCCAGAUGUAAUUUUUUUUUUUUUUUAAUAAAAUGUCCCCGAUUGUAAGACUUGAGUUGCUUUCUCUAAUGUGCUAAUGUGCUUUACCCUACACAGGGUUCACUUGACUAACAGAGAACUUGCAGUUGCUAUGAAUUGCAAGAAAAUGUACAUGGAAAUAUAUGGAGAAAUAUAUACCUAUAUUCCGUUAAAUGACUGCUGCUCGUUUUCAGUCUCCCACCUAAAGAGAUAAUUCAGGUCUUAAAAUGUCUUAUUUGUCAAGUACUGAGUCCUGUUAGUCCAUCUAAAAAGCACAAAUAGAGUAAGUCAGAUGUUAGGUUCACACAUUGUUUUUUUUUUUUUUUGUGUGUGUGUUGCACUUUUUUAUGAUUUAAAUUUCACUAUACUGAAAAGCAGUUACAGUUGCCGUACUGGUAGCCUCUGCAUCCAGCAACCAAAACAGUGCACAAGGGCUUUUUAGAUGGACAGAAAAGACUCAGUAGUCAAUAAAUCCAUUGGGGUUUUUGAGAAAUAUCACUUCAGAACAUGUUUACAGUAAAACACUCAACAGAAGAAAGUUGCUUUUGCUGUUCAAUAUGGUAAAGAAGAAUAAAUAAAUCAUAACGUG